GAACGGGCUUCGCAACGCAGUCAGCCCAUCACCGACGCGCUUGUCAAAUCGGCAGCACAACUUGUCCCAACACAUAGCUUGCAAACGUCCGCAAACACAUGAUGAACGACCUUUCUAAGGAUGAAUUGAAUGAGAUUUACGCGUUUGCCGUUGAGCUGGGCAAGCGAGCGGGGACGAUGCUCAAGGACGCAGCGCAGUUGAGGAUGAGCGGUGGAAGUGGGGUACAAGAAGAGCAGGCACAUGUACAAAAGGAGAAUGCGGUUGAUCUGGUAACUCAAACAGACGAAGAUCUCGAAUCGUUCAUCAAGACCCAGAUAUUGCAGAAAUACCCCUCGCACAAAUUUGUUGGCGAAGAAGCCUACAGCAAGGGGGCAUCACGAGACUAUCUGAUCGAUGAUAGCAUGACAUGGUGUGUCGACCCCCUCGACGGGACGGUGAACUACAUCCAUCUAUUCCCCAUGUUCUGCGUUUCGAUUGCAUUUAUUCACAAGGGAAAGCCUUUGAUUGGCGUCAUCAACGCGCCUUUUGUUGGCCAGUUCUUCUCAUCAUGCGCUGGUCGCGGUGCCUUCCUCAAUGAAACGCAACGGCUUCCCCUCGUACGAACACCUGUACCACCUAUGCCUGCAAACGCCCCCAGUGGCUGCAUAUUUUCUUGCGAGUGGGGUAAGGAUCGAAGAGACACCCCGGAUGGCAAUUUGCACAGGAAGAUUGAGAGUUUCGUGAACAUGGCUACUGAAAUUGGUGGAAGAAACGGAAAGGGCGGGAUGGUACAUGGAAUGAGGAGCUUAGGAAGUGCAACCUUGGAUCUGGCUUAUAUCGCUAUGGGAGCCUUUGAUAUCUGGUGGGAAGGUGGCUGCUGGGAGUGGGAUGUUGCAGCUGGGAUCGCGAUUCUGCAGGAAGCUGGUGGGCUAAUCACGACGGCAAAUCCGCCCGAGGACCACGCCACGGCGCCGAUAGAGGAGGUUCGGUUGGGGAGUCGACUGUAUUUGGCUAUCCGACCUGCAGGACCAUCACCGAAUGAAACAGGACGACAAGGCCAGGAGAGGACAGUGCGAGAGGUAUGGCGACGGGUACGUCACUUAGAUUACUCAAGACCUGGAGCAUAGCGAAAUGCGAUUCCUGUUUCGACUACGCGUUCAAGUUGAUCUCAGACGCUGGCAAGAAAGCAAUCUCGCACAUCUGUCUAGGAUACUUUGUACGCUAUAAAUCUACGACUCGAAGUACCGAAAGAUUCACAUGAAACGUGACAACCAUUCAACGUAGAUUUUGGCUUUACGCCUCGUCAAUCUGUUUUUGACAUUCUAUGUUAUUUACAGUCUAGCGUCGCUCAAUUUUGCAGCGAU